CAGGGUAGCUUUGAUGAAUGAUGGUGGACAUACAUGACAAGGGAUGAGGAAAUUAAAGGAAGCAAGCACGGCCGGAGAAUAGUGUUUGUCUUAAAAUGGAAGGAAGGGCGGAGCCUCCAAGGUAUCCCUAUUUUUUUUCACCAAACAAACCAAACAACUACUUGCUACAAACAAAAUCAAACGUGAAAGCAAGCAUACACCCAUCCUGUUCAUACCAAUACCAUCCAAAAGCCACUGCUGUUUGUCAGAGUUCAAUGUUGGGCUUCAAAACUUCAGAGAGAGAGAGAGAGAGAGAGAGAUCAUGACGUUGGGUCUGAACUGUGGAGCUCGGCGCGGUUAAUUUGAUCCGGUGCUAACGCCCAAAUCCUUGUGGAUGUGGACUGACUGUGGAAGAAUUGGGUAUGCAGUAUGCAGUAUGCAGUAUGCCGUAGCCAUCCCGUGAAGUUUUGAAUUAUGAUUGGUUAGUGUAGGGGGAUCGCCCGACUUAUCCAGAGAGAGGUGGUGAACUGAUGACUGGUGGGGUGGGCGCGGUGCCUGAGUGCCUCUCUUCUAAAUUCAAUCGUCUUCUGUCACGCACGGGCACAGCACGAGCCGGAGCGUGGUCUGAACUCUGAACUCUGAACUCUGAAAGUGAGUUGUGGACCCCACCAGUCACGUGAAGGUGACUCGAUGGCCGUUUGUAAGCACCUCUCAGCCAAUUAUCAUCCAUCUCCCACGUGGGGGGUGGGUGCUGGCCCUACUACUUCACCUCUCUUCCCUUUGUUUAUUCAUUUUUAUUCUCUCUCUCGCUCUCUCUACAAGACCUAUUUAUGUAUGAUGUCCUAUUCUGUUCAUCAUAUUAUUAUUCACUUUCUAUCUGUCAUUCUGUCUACCAACUCAAUCUCUCUCUUAGCGCUUCUUAUUCCUCUCUAGUCUCUUCCUUUCAGAAGUCUCAUAGAAAAAACAGGAGCAUUGCAAUCAUGGGGGAUUCUUCUGCUUCAUAUAUUCGCUUGGGUGCUGGUUCUGGUUGUUGGUAUGGUGGUGACGUGAUGAUGCAGGUGCAACACCUGAUAGAGAAGUGUAUCCUCUUCCACAUGACUAAAGAAGAGUGCGUGGAAGCACUUUCUAAACAUGCAAAUAUCAAACCUGUUAUUACUUCAACAGUGUGGAAGGAGUUGGAGAAAGAGAACAAGGAAUUCUUCGAGGCAUAUACGAAGAGCAGAGAAGGCAGGAUGGCCGAAAUGGAGACAAGGCAAAUGAUCCAAAAGAUGCUCUCCGAUUCCUCUUCACAGGCCUAGUUUUACAACGAUAAUAUCCUCCUUGAAGGGUCUGGCCGGGAGAAGCAAAAAGGAGCAGGAGCUCUUGCUUUCUUCGCUUAGUUUACUCCCGUAAGUUCAGUUUUAUUCUUGCAAUUAAACUUUAUAUAACAUGCAUUAUUACUUAUUAGCCUCCAAAACAAUAAGAGAGAGAGAGAGAGAGGAGGAUUCGCUUUCAUUUGAAUAGUCCUACAUUGUCACGUUCAGUUUGAAUAGUCCUACAUUGUCACGUUCAGUAAAACAUUGGUUUGAGGUAGCUCUACCGUCUUUAUCAAUCGUUGGGUUGAGGAUUAGUUCAGGAUUCAGAUGCUGUGAAAAUAUGUCGCUAUAUAUUGAAUUUCCAACCAA